AAGGAGGUAAGCACAAGUCCAAAGUUACUUCACAUGCAGGCUGAUGACCAAGACAGCUUCACAAGCAAGCUGAUGACCAAGACAGCUUCCCGUACAAGCUAUUAACCAAGACACAUGCUAUAUAUAUAUCACCUUUGUUCUCCUUGUUUAGCAAACUCACUGAAAACACAUGAAGAUUGUCUCAAUUCUAGCUUGAUCAGGAUCGUAACUUUAAAAGAGAUAAACAGAAAGGUUCUAGGUGGAAGAUUUUGCUAUAAUCUUUAGCAGCAGGUGAAUCUUUAACAAUAGAAUGGAGGCAGAAGGAAGUGCGAAGGAAACAGUGGUAACCCAAGUUAGUGUUGGUGGGUUUGGCAUUCAUGUCACUGCAAAAGAUCUUUCGGAAUACUUGGACAGAGCUAUUGGACUUGUUUGGCGGUGUAGAUUGAAGACUUCGUGGACUCCUCCUGAGUCCUAUCCCAACUUCGAGAUCACUGACAUCACAAAGAUCGAAAGGACAGAAGAUUAUAGGAGAGUGGUGCCCCAUGCAUUUGUGCAUUUUGCCUUACCUCAAUCAGCGACUUGGGCUAUGAAUGCUUCAGAGCGCUGCGAGCUCUUCUUGAAUGACAAAGCAUUGAAGGUUAGCUUGGGGCCUAAAAAUCCUUUCACCUUGAAUCAGCAGAGGAGGACAACAACUCCCUUUAAGCUAUCUGAUGUGGGCUUUGAGAUAGGGAGCUUGGUUAGUCAUGACGAGUUCUUUGUUGGUUGGAGAGGACCUCCCUCUGGUGUUGAUUUUCUAGUAGAUCCUUUUGAUGGAACAUGCAGGUUUUGUUUCUCUAGAAAUACUGCUUUCUCCCUCAAAAGUACAUCUGAACAUGCUGUUAUAAAAUGUGCUUUUAAAGUGGAGUUCCUAGUGAGAGACAUUAAUGAGAUCAUACAGUACACUGAAACAUCAUGUCUAGUUCUUUUGUUGCAGCUGGCUUCUGCACCUUGGGUCUGGUAUAGAACUGCUGAUGAUGAUAUUGAAGCAUGGGUUCCUUUUGAUUUGUUGGAUGAUGAUGAUCCUUGGAUCCGGACCACAGAUUUUACAGGGAGUGGGGCUAUUGGUCGGUGCCAUUCUUAUAGAGUGUCAAUCCCUCCUCGUCAUGGUUCAAAGUUGAGAAAGGCUGUGAAAUAUCUCAAGGAACGGAGGGUUGAGGUCCUUCAAGAGGAAAACCACAGACGACGGAUCAGGAUUUUGGACGAACCGGACUUUGGAAUGCCCAUGUCAGAUCCAUUCUUUUGUAUUCAUCACAAGGAGGGAAUAGCUUUUGAUGUAUUGUUUUUAGUGAAUGCUGUCAUGCAUAAAGGCAUAUUCAAUCAGCAUCAAUUAUCAAAUGACUUCUUUGACUUGUUGAGAAAUCAACAUACUGAAGUCAAUGUGUCUGCACUGAAACACAUCUGUACUUACAGACGCCCUGUGUUCAACGCUUAUAAGAGGCUUAAAGCUGUCCAAGAAUGGUUGCUGAAGAACCCAAACCUUUUUAAAAAUCCAAAACAGUUGGGCGACAUUGUAGAGAUUAGAAGGCUGGUCAUCACUCCAACUAAAGCCUACUGCCUUCCACCUGAAGUCGAACUCUCCAAUAGGGUUUUGAGGAAAUACAAGGAUGUUGCUGAUCGAUUUCUCAGAGUUACCUUCAUGGAUGAGGGCUUGCAGAGAAUGAAUUCAAAUGUUCUAAACUAUUAUGUUGCUCCUAUUGUCAGAGACAUCACAUCUAACUCCUUCCAUCAGAAAACAAGAAUCUUCAAACGAGUGAGGAGCAUUCUGACUGAAGGGUUUUAUUUAUGUGGUCGGAGAUACUCCUUUUUGGCCUUCUCAGCCAAUCAACUGAGGGACCAAUCUGCUUGGUUUUUUGCUGAAGAAAGAAAUGUAAGUGUGCUGGAUAUUAAAAGCUGGAUGGGGAAGUUCACCAAUAGGAACAUUGCAAAGUGUGCGGCAAGAAUGGGUCAGUGUUUCUCCUCCACUUAUGCGACUAUAGAAGUUCCACCAGAGGAGGUUAAUUUUGAUCUUCCUGAUAUUGAAAGGAAUGGCUAUGUUUUCUCUGAUGGCAUUGGCAUUAUCACUCCAGAUCUUGCCAGGGAAGUUGCAGAGAAACUCAAGUUAGAUAUUGAUCCCCCCUGCGCUUACCAAAUCAGAUAUGCUGGUUGCAAAGGAGUGGUGGCUUGUUGGCCGGGGAAAGGUGACGGUGUCCACUUGUCUUUGAGGCCGAGCAUGAACAAGUUCCAAUCAAACCAUACGACUUUGGAAAUCUGUUCUUGGACUAGGUUUCAACCUGGUUUCCUAAACAGGCAGAUAAUUACACUGCUCUCAACUCUCAAUGUUCCUGAUGCAGUAUUCUGGAAGAUGCAGGAAACCAUGGUCUCCAAACUAAACCAAAUGUUUGUUAACUCGGAUGUUGCAUUUGAUGUCCUCACUGCAUCAUGUGCUGACCAAGGGAAUGUUGCUGCUAUAAUGUUGAGUGCAGGUUUCAAGCCUCAGAAGGAACCUCAUUUACGAGGAAUGCUAACUUGUGUAAGGGCAGCACAGCUUUGGGGCCUUAGAGAAAAGGCUCGAAUUUUUGUUCCCUCAGGAAGAUGGUUGAUGGGCUGCUUGGACGAGCUAGGGAUGCUUGAACAAGGCCAGUGCUUUAUUCAAGUGUCAAAUUCAUCUCUGGAAAAAUGUUUUAUCAAGCAUGGCGCAAAGUUUAGUGAGGCCAAGAAAAAUCUUCAAGUUGUCAAAGGGACUGUGGUAAUAGCUAAGAAUCCCUGUCUUCAUCCUGGAGAUGUAAGGGUUUUGGAAGCGGUUGAUGUCCCAGGACUUCACCACUUGUAUGAUUGCCUUGUCUUCCCACAGAAAGGUGAGAGGCCCCACACAAAUGAAGCUUCUGGAAGUGAUCUUGAUGGGGAUCUCUACUUUGUCACUUGGGAUGAAAACCUAAUUCCUCCCAGUAAGAGGAGCUGGAUACCCAUGCAGUAUGACGCUGCAGAAGCUAAACUUCUUGCUCGUCCUGUCAAUCAUCAGGAUAUUAUAGAAUUCUUUGCAAAAAACAUGGUGAACGAGAAUUUAGGGGCAAUAUGCAAUGCACACGUGGUUCAUGCUGAUUUGAGUGAGCAUGGUGCUAUGGAUGAGAAGUGCCUAACGCUGGCAGAGUUAGCCGCUACAGCUGUCGAUUUUCCCAAGACUGGGAAAGUUGUUACGAUGCCUUCGUAUUUGAAACCGAAGGUGUACCCAGAUUUUAUGGGGAAAGAGGAAUACCAGUCCUACAAAUCAGAGAAAAUUUUGGGAAGGCUAUAUCGCCAGAUAAAAGAUGCUUAUGAUGAAGAUGUAGCUGCAUCUUCUGAGCUUAAUCCCGUGCCUGGUGAUAUCCCUUAUGAUUCUGAUCUUGAAGUGGUGGGAGCUAGUGAUUAUAUCAAUGAUGCCUGGGAUCAGAAGUGCUCAUAUGAUGGGCAGUUGAAUGGCCUUCUUUCUCAGUAUAAAGUGAAGAGGGAAGAAGAGCUUGUAACAGGGCACAUAUGGUCUAUGCCAAAGUACAGCAGCCGGAAGCAAGGAGAGCUGAAAGAUAGGCUUAAACAUUCUUACAAUUCUUUAAAGAAAGAAUUCAGGCAAAUCUUUGAGAAAAUGGAUUUAGAGUUUGAGCAACUUGAGGAUGGUGAAAAGAACAAGCUUUAUGAGCAGAAGGCGUCAGCUUGGUACCAGGUUGCCUACCAUCCUCAUUGGGUGAAGAAGUCUCUGGAGUUACAAGAUCCAGAUGGUGCUGGUACUUCAGUGAUGCUGAGCUUUGGUUGGAUUGCAGCUGAUUACCUUGCUCGGAUCAAGAUUCGGCAUAGGGAAACGGGAAAUGUUGACUCUGCUAAGCCUGUCAACUCACUGGCCAAGUAUCUUGCUGACAGAAUUUGACCAGCAUCUGAAAGUGUUACCUAGUUAUGUAUUGUGGCCGUGAUACUUUUUGGCUGCAAUGCCACUCUGCUAUAAUAUUGUAAAUACUAGUAACUGUCGUGUUUUUAUUAUAUAAGAUGCUGGAUUUUGAACUGGUAUCAUCACUGUUGCUAAUAGUGUUCUCAUGUUGCAAUGACAGUCCUUUGGAAUGAUCUAGUGGUUUUAUUUCCUA